UGAUCUCGUAGUCCACUUAACCUAUGUGCACGUUUCUGUAUUUUGUUCGAGGAGGCAAGAACUGGCACGUCAAAUGCCUUAAAAGAAAUCUGCGUUUUGCCAAAAGGACGAAAAGGGGAAAGUUCAGUCGAGGGCACACGUUAAAUACUCCAAGAGAAUCUGUACUUGGAGGAAUAUUAACAAGGAAUUAUCGUUAACAUGACUACUCCGGUAUUGACGAAGCAGCAGCAGAGGCAUAGCCUGUCAGCUAAAAAGAAGUUGCCCGCCAAGGGGUUGCGGAAUAUCUUGGCACAACCUGGUCUGAAUUUCUGGCCAGUCGUCAAGGUAGAUCAGUAUCCAGAGUUGGUGACAAACUUAAAUAGGACGUUGCCGUCAAUCAAACAGACCAGCAAUAAAAUUCCUAAACAUAUGCUUAAAAACAUAUCGAAAGAAAAUCGUGCGCUAGCUAGGAAAGAAUUGCUAAAAGCUGCGCCUGCAAAACCAGAUGUACUAAAAUUUAUGAUUAUGGGUAUCAACAUAGUCACUCGAGCCUUAGAGAAGGGCAACGUAUGUUGCGUUUUAUUAGAUGCCAAUGUUGAACCGCCGUUGUUAAUAAAGCACAUUGUUACUAUGGCAAGAAACAAGAAAAUACCUGUCCUUCUGCUGCCGAUUCUGAAAACAGUCACAUUAGAAAAGAUUGGAUUUGCCACAGCAGCUUUCGCUUUAAAACAAGAGGUAAAGCAGUGCUCAAACAAUGUGUGCCAUCCAUUGUACAAGUCUAUAGCAGAGGCUUUCGAAGACCUUGAGUCGCAGGAAUGUUUGCUCCGUUUUAAAUCCGACGAGACGUCUGAUAACACGAUGCGUGAAGUGAAAACCAUUCGCGUGGAUUGUAAUACAGAUCCAAAGAUUUCCAAGCCAGAAAAACCCGUUACGGUAUUUACGGAUGUUUAUAAAUACAGAGUUUCAAGAGACACGAGAGUUUUCGUACCGCCAACAGCCAAAGAAAGCUCUGAAGUCUCUCAAGGAUUGGAUGAUUUUAUUGCUUUAGAUAGCGAUCCUGAACCUAUCGAUAAUAAAUAUUUUAAAAGUACGCUGAAGCGAAAAAGAUAUGUAAAUAUUGGCAAUGAAGACAAACAUACCAAAGAAUCUGAAGAUGCAGAAAGGAAUUUAUUUUUAAAAAAAUUAAAAUUAAUUAAUAACAACGCUGAAUCAAUGAAACACACGAAAGGCAAUACAUUAAAAACGCACGGAAAUGACGAGCCUACCUAUUUAUCUUUAAAACUAAAACGUAUACAAGGAAAUGAUAAACGAGCAAAAGCAACUAAAUUAACUAAAAAUAGUAUUAUGCGCAAUUUAAUGGUAAAGUAGUAGUCUACUCAGCGAAAGAUCUGGAUAUGAUUUCCAAUAUCGCUCUGCAUCUAAUCCAGGGAUUUUUAGGAAUCAAUCAGGAAAUGGAAACAAGAACAACAGGUAUAAACUAAAUCUCCGACAACUGGGGAAAAAUUGCGAUAUUGGAAAUUAAAAAAUUGUAUUGCUCUGAAAGGAAAUUCUAAUCAGUUUUCCAAACUAUCGAAAAUGUCAGCGAGCUCGUUUCAUUUUACGUUAGAAAAUUGUCAAUGUUGCCUUCGACAUUCAAAUAACUAACAAUCAAGCUUCAAUCUUCGAAAGAUAAGUGUCUAAUAAUGUGAAAGAUAUUAGGAAAUUAUAUAAUUUGAACUAAUCGAUACUUUAUAGCGCUUAUAUCUUUCACACUUUUGACAAAAUACGUGGGAGGACAAUCGCGUUUAAUCAUUGUAAUUAUAAAAAGAGAAAAUAGAACAAAAAAAAUGUGGUGUACAGUAAUAAAAAUAUAUAUUUUUUAUAUAGAUUAUAUACAAAAUUAACCCUACAUUUUGCAUCAGUAGUUAAAUAAGUUACAUUAGUAAAUAAAAUUAUAUUUACUAAUAUAA